AUGGCCAAUCCAGCUCCUUUAAUGAGUUUUGUGGAAUUUGUCAAAUCUGAAGCUGAAGUUGGUGGCGGCGGCAAAUACUCCAACAGCUCAUCGUUUCCCGUACCACCAUUGCAGCUGAAAAUUGCCAAAUUAAGUUAUGACUUACACGAAGAAAUACGCAAAUGUACCGAAAAUUCGACAAUAUCGAAACGUCUACGCGAGGAACUGGAAAGUUACAAUCGCGAGACCAGACGUGAAAUUGUCCGACGCAUGAGAGGUGGUUGUGCUCCCUUGUUUAUUGCCUGCAGUCGUGGUUGUGUACCAAUUGCUGAAUAUCUAGUCACCAUCUGUGAAGCUGAUAUCGAACAAAAAGGUAUUUUCGAAGCGCCGGAAGAUCGUUCAUAUCAUAUAGCUACACCGCUGUGGUGUGCAGCCGUAUCAAAUAAUUUACCCAUGGUUAAGUAUUUACUACGUAUUGGUAGUGAUAUAAAUGCAGCAUCCGAUACUGGAUCGACGCCGGUGCGUAGUGCCUGCUAUAUGACACACAUGGAAAUGGUCAAAUUUUUGGUCGAAAAUGGUGCCGAUAUAAAACGUCCAAAUAUUAACGGUGGAACUUGUUUAAUUAAUUCAGUUCAAUCACCGGAACUGUGCUUAUAUUUAAUACGUAAAGGAUGUGACGUUAAUGCUGUCGAUAUACAGGGCAAGACGGCGUUACAUUAUGCCAUACAAGAACACAGACUGGAAACCACAAAACUUUUAUUGGAACAUGGUGCCAAUCCAAAUGCAGUUAGUCGUCAUGGUGAUGAUGCUUUACGAACAGCCUGCCUGAAAGGUGCUCAUCAGAUAUUUGACUAUUUACGAAAUAACUUAGAAUAUCCUUUGGAGAGAUUAGCCGAAGCUCAUGAGUUAAUAGGAUCAACAUUUUUGGAUGAACACAAUGAAAGUCGGGUGGCUAUAUUACAUUGGCGUCUGGCACACCAUCUAAGGGCUUCACGAACACCAUAUAUAGAAAAACUUCCAAAAGUUCCUUUGCGUGAAGCCUAUCGUAAUGCUGUAGAAUUUCGUACACUCGAAGAACUCGAUAACAUUUCCACCGAUAUGGAUGCAAUGCGUAUACAAAGCCUACUUAUAUGUGAACGCAUUUUAGGUAUUUCCCACAAAGAUACCCUCUUCCGAUUAACAUUUCGUGGUGCUUCAUAUGCUGAUUCCCUGCAAUUACAACGUUGUAUACAACUGUGGACGCUGUUGCUCGAAGUUCGUGUUCAACACAAUACACUAUUGCAUUUCGAUACAUGUUUUGCCGCACAGGCGUUAGUAAGACUUAUGCUGGAAUUACAUGAACGCAAUACCGAUUUGAGUGAAAGUAAUUCUGGUAAUGUAAAAUUGCCAUAUUUUAAAGAUGUUCUAGCGGUAUUUAAACUACUGACAGAGACUGUGGCCGAAUGUCAUGCCCUGCUGCAAAUACGUCCAAUUUCACGGCGUCAACAAGAGAAUUUUGAUAGUAUUUUUAAGUGUAUAGCACAUGCCAUAUAUUUGUUACUUGCCACAGCGUCAACAGCCGAAGAAACCCGCCAAGUUUAUUUGUCGGUGAGGAAAUUGGUACAGGCCAACAUAACAAGUGCUUGCACGAAUGACUCGCUCUUACAUUUGUGCGUUUCACGUUUGAAUGUUAUCAAAAGCGGACUGCUUAAUGAUGAGAAUUUAAAUGUUAUAUUUCCAAAUGCAUCCGUUAUUAAGCUGCUGCUGAAUUGUGGUAUGAAUGUCAAUGCCAAAAAUGAAGUCAAAUCUACUGCACUGCAUAUAGCUGCCCAACCAUAUAAUUUCAGCAAUGAGAUAAUAACAUUACUUCUGAAUCACGGUGCCGAUCUCGAUCAACCAAAUAAAUCGGAUGAACGUCCCUAUAAUUUGAUUGCAUUGAAUGCAGCAAAUACAAUUCCACUUAUGAAUUAUAUUAAUCUUAAAUGUUUGGCUGCCACAAUAAUUAGUAAAUAUCGCAUACCGUAUCGUAAUCAAAUACCAAAAUGUUUAGAGACUUUUGUCAAAGAACAUGAACCUUGAGAAUGUCAUCGU